AUGUCGGGACUCUUUGGCGGCGCGUCAAGCUCGGCGGCGGCGACGAGCAACACUGUCGGCGAUCUCAAGAAUGAUGUUGCGCUUUCCGAUCCUCCCACCGACACCAUCUCCGAUCUCUCUUUCUCUCCUGCGCCCAACGGUCCCGACUUUCUUGCCAUCGCUAGUUGGGAUAACAAGGUCCGCAUUUACGAAAUUGCUGCCAAUGGCCAGAGCCAGGGCCGACACGUCUACGAGCACAGCCAGCCUGUGUUGAACUGUGACUUUUCCAAGGAUGGAACCAAGAUUGUCUCUGCAGGCGCCGACAAGAACAUCAAGGUCUGCGAUCUUGCCUCCCAGCAGGACAUUGUUGUAGGCACACACGACCAGCCCGUGCGAACAGCGCGAUUCUUCGACAGCGGCAACGGCCCCAUGGUCGUCUCGGGAUCAUGGGACAAGACGGUGAAAUACUGGGAUCUUCGACAGCAAGGACCGGCGGCCACAGUGACAUGCCAAGAACGAGUCUAUACGAUGGACGUCCGCGACAACUUGUGUGUUGUCGGUACAGCUGAUCGUUACAUCAACGUCAUCGACCUCAAGAACCCUACCAAAUUCUACAAGACUCUACAGAGCCCUCUCAAAUGGCAGACCCGAGUUGUUAGUUGCUUUACCGACUCUGCCGGGUUCGCCAUCGGUAGUAUCGAGGGACGCUGUGCCAUUCAGUAUGUCGAGGACAAAGAUUCAAACUCCAACUUCUCCUUCAAGUGCCACCGAGACCCUCCUGCCAACAGCGUCACCAACGUCUACGCCGUCAACGAUAUCUCAUUCCACCCCGUUCACGGCACAUUCAGCACAGCCGGUUCCGAUGGAACAUUCCACUUCUGGGACAAGGACGCCAAGCACCGUCUUAAGGGCUACCCCAACGUCGGCGGCAGCAUCACCGCCACUACCUUCAACAAGAACGGUUCCAUCUUCGCUUAUGCUGUCGGUUACGAUUGGGCCAAGGGCUACCAGCACAACACCCAAAGCUAUCCUAUCAAGGUGAUGCUUCACCCUGUGAACAACGACGAAUGCAAGCCUAGACCAUCCAUGAAGAAGCGAUAG